AUGGGAGCUAUCAAAAUUGCUGUCCGAAUAGAAGGGGACCAUGGGGCAGCAGGCGAUCGAGAAGACACUGGGUUAGAGGUCGCGGCAGAGGAAGACAUCAGCACGGAAGGCAUCAUCAUCACCACCGUCAUCGUUAUCCUGGAUUUCAUUGGUAUUGACAACUUCAAGCAUGAGGAGGCUGGUGUUGGCGAAGCGGUGAAUGGAGAAAAUCUGGGGAACAGAGAAGGCAACACCGACGUAGACGUCAAGGAGGAGGCCAUUAUCAUAAGUGAAAAUGCACAUGUCGCGAUCAUUUGGCUUCCUGUUUUUGGCGUGUAUCUUUGUAGUGGCACUAAGCAAGAAAAGUCAAAACCAACGGAGCUUGCGAAUCCGGACGACAUCAAAAUCGACAACAGUGAGACCCGGUCGGUGAAGAUAAGAAAGAAGAGGAAUAAAGUCUACAGGCGGCGAUUUGACACAGUAAAAAAGUGCAUUGAACGAAAGAAGAGGGAGCGCCGAGCGUUAAAGGAUGGAAGGAGAGUGAAAGGGAUAAAUAAGUGCUGGAAAGAUUUCCUCGAUCGCAACCUCAAAUCAUCAGCUCAUGCAAAAAGUGCUGGACCCAAAUGA